AUGGGGAACAACAAUGCGGGGUGCACCUUUUGCACCGGCGCGGAAGGCAAUGCUGUAGAGGUGCAGGGCAAGUAUCCCAGCGACGGCAAGCUGGAGAAGCGCGGCCCGCACCAGUUUGAGAACGGGGCCACGUACACUGGCGAGUGGAUGGGCAACUCACGCCACGGCCAAGGGGAGCAGGUGUGGCCGGAUGGUGCCAAGUAUACCGGUAGCUGGGAAGCUGACAAAGCCCAUGGGAAGGGAAGGUUCGAACACGUGGAUGGAGAUGUCUAUGAAGGCGAGUGGAAGUCCGACAAAGCCCACGGCUAUGGCGUGUACCACCAUGCCGAUGGUUCCCGGUACGAGGGCAACUGGGCCGAUGACAAGCAACAUGGGAAUGGCCAGGAAAUCUGGCCAGAUGGUGCCAAAUAUGUCGGUGAGUAUGAGGCCGGCAGGAAGAGCGGCAAGGGGCACUUCUCGUGGUCGGAUGGCUCCAAGUACGAGGGAGAGUUCGUUGACAACGACAUCAACGGUGUCGGGGUGUACCAGUGGGGCGAUGGUAGAAAGUUCGAGGGGCAGUGGGUGAAGAACAGAAUGCACGGUCACGGGCACUUCACCUGGGUGGAUGGCCGGUCUUAUGAGGGAGAGUACAAGAACGAUCAAAAAGAUGGUGAGGGAACGUUUAACUGGCCUGAUGGACGGAAGUACAAGGGACAGUGGAAGGAGGGCAAGCAGCAUGGUGUUGGAAUUUAUGUUACGGCUUCCGGUGAAGAGCGCAAAGGUGAAUGGACAGACGGUCGGCGUGUUCGAUGGAUAGACACUGACGCGAACGCCCCCUAA